GCUCCUGGCUCCCUGCUCGCGGGGCGCCCGCCACAUUUCCGUUCGCAUCCGUUUCCCCGCUCCGGAGCCCAGGCGGCGGCGAGUACUCGGGGUGGGUUUAACGAAGCCUGCGCGGACGGUGGGAGACCGCGCCCCCACGACAGAGGCGCCCGCGACGGCGGGUCCCGGCGCCGCGCCACCCCGGUCCCCGGGGAGAACGGCGGGUCCCGCCCUCUCACGCGUUCCGGGUGGCUUUGAGGGUCAGGCUCAGCCCUAAAUUGAGAUUAGGCCGCGACCACAUGCCGGGCCCUGACGACUGCCUCCUACCUCUAGGGACUCGAACCUAACCCACGAGGCCCGAGGGGCGAUCUGCCUUCCGGGGACGGUAGAGGGUGUGGACAAGAGCCUAGCGUUCCUGGAAACAGAUAUAUUUUUGCCAUCAUGGAUCAGUUUGGAGAUAUAUUAGAAGGUGAAGUGGACCAUUCUUUCUUUGACAGUGACUUUGAAGAAGGAAAGAAAUGUGAAACUAACUCAGUUUUUGACAAGCAAAAUGAUGACCCGAAGGAAAGAAUAGAUAAAGAUACAAAAAAUGUAAACUCGAACACUGGAAUGCAAACAACAGAAAAUUAUCUUACUGAGAAGGGAAAUGAAAGAAACGUGAAAUUUCCCCCAGAACACCCUGUAGAGAAUGACGUUACACAAACUGUAAGUUCUUUCUCAUUGCCAGCCUCUUCAAGAUCAAAAAAAUUGUGUGAUGUUACAACAGGACUUAAAAUACACGUGUCCAUUCCAAAUAGAAUUCCCAAAAUUGUAAAAGAAGGUGAAGAUGAUUACUACACAGAUGGAGAGGAAAGCAGUGAUGAUGGGAAGAAAUACCAUGCGAAGUCCAAGCCCGCUAAACCAUCUACUAACGUUAAAAAAAGCAUAAGGAAAAAGUAUUGCAAAGUUAGCUCCUCUUCCUCCUCCUCUUUAUCUUCCUCAUCUUCAGGUUCAGGUACAGAUUGUUUAGAUGGAGGGUCUGAUAGCCAUCUAUCUGAUUCGUCUCCAUCAUCCAAGAAACAUGUAUCUGGUAUAACCCUCCUGUCACCAAAACAGAAGUAUAAAUCAGGAAUAAAAUUGACAGAAACACAGCCUUCAAGUACUACACCAAAAUGUGGCCACUACCCUGAGGAGUCUGAAGAUACUGUGACCGACGUAAGUCCCUUAUCAACUCCAGACAUUAGCCCUCUUCAGUCUUUUGAACUGGGCAUAGCAAAUGAUCAAAAAGUGAAAGUUAAAAAGCAAGAAAAUGUGAGCCAAGAAAUAUAUGAAGAUGUUGAGGAUUUGAAAAAUAAUUCAAAAUAUUUGAAAGCAGCCAAAAAAGGGAAAGAAAAACAUGAGCCUGAUGUCUCCUCAAAGUUGUCUUCAGUGUUAGACUGCAGUUUAGACCACAGACAGAAACAGAAAGUCUUACAUGACACAAUGGAUCUGAAUCAUCUCUUGAAAGCUUUUCUGCAAUUAGAUAAAAAAGGACCACAAAAGCAUCACUUUGAUCAGCCUUCAGUAGCACCCGGGAAAAACUACUCUUUCACAAGAGAAGAGGUGAGACAGAUCGAUCGGGAAAAUCAGAGGCUUUUGAAAGAACUGUCAAGACAGGCGGAAAAGCCAGGAAGCAAAAGUACAAUUCCUAGAUCAGCUGAUCAUCCCCCAAAAUUAUAUCACAGUGCUCUCAACAGACAGAAGGAACAACAAAGGAUUGAGAGAGAAAACUUGGCUUUAUUGAAAAGGCUUGAGGCUGUGAAACCAACAGUUGGUAUGAAACGCUCAGAACAACUGAUGGACUAUCAUCGCAAUAUGGGCUAUCUCAACUCAUCACCAUUGUCAAGACGGGCCAGAUCCACUCUUGGCCAAUAUAGCCCAUUAAGAGGAGCUUCCAGGACAUCCAGUGCUACGAGUGGUCUCAGUUGUAGGAGUGAGCGAUCAGCUGUUGACCCCUCCAGUGGCCACCCUCGAAGAAGAUCUAAACCCCCUAAUGUCCGUACAGCUUGGUUAUAAAACACUUUUUUUUUACUUUAAACAUUGUUCACACAACUUUUCUUGAAGUGCUCGUGCAUAUUACUAUAAUUCUCUGUGUAAACAUCUAGAAUACCGUUUUAGCAAUUUAAGGUGUACAACAGUGAGUUGUAAUGUAUUGUUAUUCAGUGCAAAAUUAUUGUCAAAAAACGAUUUAAUGUAAAAAGUAUUUCCUGAGGAUGUAUUUAUAUGAGAUGUAUGUGUUCUUAAUAGAGAAAUAGUGGUAUGCAUGUGUAUCUUCUUAUUAUAGAAAUUGACUCAGUUGUCAUGCUGUCAAAAUAGUAGUGAUAGUAUCAUUGCAUGUUGUACCCAAGAUGGUCAGUAUAUAGUUUUCAAUUUGUGUUAUUUUCAUUUCUUUAUAAGCGUUAUACCAUGAGCUUAGCUCCUAAAUUUGGCUGGCUUUGUUUUUCAUUUGCUUUAGAACUUAUGUGGCAUGACAUAGCUUGAUUAUAUGAGAUUUAACACUUACUAUGAAUCAAAUCUUGAAAUUUGUUUUCAUUGGUAGAGCUGAUCUAGAUUUGAUGAGCAGAUUGAGAGACACUUGUAUUGGAGCAAUUCUUGUAAUUCACCAGAGGUAUCUAGUUAUUGUAUAAGUGCACUGAGUUAGAUCUUAAAAGUUUGAUCAAUCAUUCCAAACCAUUUCAAAUAUGAAUAUUAGAAAGUUCAACUUAGAAGCUUCCCGUUUGUGUUUUCAUACAUUCAGGUAAAGUCCUAUUUAUGACUCUUAGAAAUGAGGUAGGUUUUAGAGCUACAGUCUUCUAACUCGUGAAUAGUUUAAGGACCACAUGAGUUGCAAACCAAGUAUUUGUUGAAUCAGUAAAAUGGCACUAUCAGCAUGAAGAGCCGAGAAGCAGAUCCUGAGGUGUGUUGGACAGUGUUUUAGGUAAUUCAGUAUUUAUUAUGUUAUUAGAGAAGACUUAGCGUAAGAAAGAAAUGCUUUAGAAAUUCCAGCAAGUAUUUAUAAGGCCUGAAAACACUAAAAUUUGAACAAAAA